UUUCCGAUUUUUCGGAUUAUGAAUCAGAGUCUGAGAAUGCGAUACAAUCUGGGAUGGAAGAGGACUUGAUCAUUACAAAAACUGUUGAGAUGGUUUUGGAUUCCGACAGUAUUGAAGAUGAUAAAGCUGAAAUUGACACUGUUCAGAAUUUCAUAACGGAGGGAGGUGAGGCCAAUUAUACUUUAGAAGGAGGAAGAGAUUUGUAUCAGGUUGCAAGUAAAGAAUCUACUUUGUUGGGACAAGAGUUGGACAAUGAUAAAAUGCUUUUAGCAGAAGAAAGUCAAAUUCUUGAUAGUAGUGUAGAGUCAAAAAGUGCAGAUUCGUCUCGUGGUGUUAAGCCUUCUGAUACUGCUUACUCCAGCCCAAGGGAAGAAAAUAGAGUAUCAAAAUUUGGAGCCGAUGAUUUGAACUCUGGAAACAGCAUCAUCUUACAUACUGGAGCUUCCGGGGACAGUCAGAAAUCAGAAAGUAAGGAGGAUGGGGUUUAUCAAGGAAGUGAUUGUCAGGAUAUUGCCACUAGAACCGAAACCGAAUCUUAUCAUGAACCCAUCAAGGAUAGUGAAGCUGAGAGCUUGGAGUGCAUUGAUAUUUCAGUACCAUCAACAGCUGAAGAACAAGUAUAUUCUUCAUCAGAUGUAACUUGGUCCACCAGAGCUGAAGAUGAUCUACCUAAGUUAUCGGAUAAAACACAACACAGGGAGGCUCGUUUAAAUCCAGACUUAGAAGCUAAAUGCAAAGACAUUGAUACAGUCAAAUUGUUCAAAAAUGAAGAAGCCCUAUUCUUACAUGAAAAUGAUGAAAGUUUGACCUUUGAUGGAUCCGGUGGUAUGAAACUUAUCAUAGAUCAGUCGGACCAACAAAUAGCCAAUGCCGACUACGAUGGAGAGGUUUCUGAGGGUCAUUUACCAAAGGUUGAUGCUGAGAUUGUGACAGACUUAGCUGAAGAGGUAGAUACAGACGAAGAGAGUGAAGAGAAUGAGAUGUUUGAUGCUGAAGCACUGGCUAUGCUGUUGAGGGCUGCUACCGGUGUUGGGCCUGAAGGUAGAAGUGUUUCAAUUCCAUCAGCUGAUGGUACACAGGUUUCUUCUCUGGAGCUUCCUGAUACCCCGGGAUCCUCAUUUCACUCGUCCAGACCUGGUCAGCCAACAAAUGCAGAUAAGUUUCCCCUAUCUGAUAAUAAGACUGAAGGUAUAUCAGAAGUGAUUUUGUCUGAAGAAGAAAAGAAGAAGCUUGAGAAAUUACAGCAGUUAAGAAUAACAUUUUUGCGGCUCGUCCACAAGCUAAACCGGUCUCCUGAAGAUUCCAUAGCUGCACAGGUCUUAUACCGGUUGGUUCGUGCUGCAGGGAAGUCAGCCUCUCAAGUAUUGAGCCUUGACUCUGACCAGAAGGUAGCUAUAGAGUUGGAAGCAGAGGAUACAGACAGUUUGAAUUUUUCUCUGAAUAUCCUGGUUAUUGGUAAAACAGGAGUUGGUAAAAGUGCAACAAUAAACUCUAUCUUUGGUGAAGCCAAAUCAAUGGUAGAUGCAUUUGUACCUGCGACUACCGAUGUGAAGGAGAUAAUUGGACAACUGGAUGGAGUUACAUUGAACAUCUUGGAUACUCCUGGUUUCAGAUCUUCCCUGACAGAACAAUCCAUUAACCGAAGAACUUUGUUGUCCAUAAAGAAAUAUAUGAAGAAAUACAGUCCUGAUGUAGUCCUCUAUGUCGACCGCAUUGACACACAGUCUAGAGAUCUUGGUGAUUUACCAUUAUUCAAGUCCAUCAGUAGUUAUCUUGGUCCAUCAAUAUGGCGUAAUGCCAUUGUUACCCUGACACAUGCUGCUUCAAGUCCUCCAGAUGGACCCUCGGGGCAUCCUGUAAGCUAUGAAAUGUUUGUUGCUCAGUGCUCCCGUAUCAUUCAACAGUUAAUUGAUCACUCCAUAGGUGAUCCACACACGAUGAAUGCUGGGUUGAUGAGUCUUCCAUUUGCUCUUGUUGAAAACCACCCAGUCAGUCCAAAGAAUGACAAAGGAGAUAUAUUGCUUCCAAAUGGAGAAAAUUGGAGAUCGCAGCUUCUGCUUCUGUGUUACUCAAUAAAGAUUUUAUCAGAAGUAGAUUCCAUCAUGAAAGAUCAAGAUCUUCAUGACCACAGAAAGCUUUUUGGCUUCCCCAAGCGUUCACUCCCUUUACCAUACUUUUUAUCUUCACUGUUACAAUCAAAUGUUCAUCCUAAAGUCUCUAACAAUCAAGUUGGUGGGGAUAUAGGCUCAGACAUUGAGCUGGUACAUUCAUCUGAUUCCGAUCAAGAAGUUGAUGAUUACGAUGACCUUCCACCUUUCAGACCUUUGAGGAAAUCUCAAAUUGCUAAGCUGAGCAAGGAGCAGAAGAGAGCAUAUUUUGACGAGUAUGAUUACCGUGUGAAGCUGUUUCAGAAGAAACAAUGGAGGGAGGAGUUAAAAAGGCUUCGGGACAUGAAGAAGAAAGGCAAGGCAGAGAUAGGUGAUUACAUGGAAGAAGGUGCUGACCAGGAAACAGGGAGCCAAGCAGGAGCAGCAAUCCCUUUACCCGACAUGGUGCUCCCAAAUUCUUUUGACGGGGACAACCCAACUUACAGAUACCGGUAUCUAGAACCUUCGUCUCAACUUCUUGCAAGGCCUGUUAUGGACUCCCAGAGCUGGGACCAUGAUUGUGGAUAUGAUGGUGUGAGCAUUGAGGAUCACCUUGCCAUUGCUGGCCAGUUUCCUGCAGUAAUAGUUCUUCAGCUCACAAAGGACAAGAAAGAGUUCAACAUCCACUUGGAUUCAUCUGUUUCAGCAAAGACGGGGAAGAAAGGAUCAAGUAUGGUAGGGUUCGACAUUCAAACUGUAGGAAAGCAACUUGCCUACAUUUUGAAGGGAGAAACAAAAGUGAAAAAUCUGAAAACGAAUAAAACAGCUGCAGGGAUAUCCAUUACUUUCUUGGGUGACACUUUAGUGACGGGAUUGAAAUUGGAGGACCAAUUUUCCAUUGGUAAACAGUUAGUUGUGGUGGGAAGUACUGGCACCAUCAUGUCUCAGGGUAAUGCAGCAUAUGGAGCCAACUUAGAGUUGCGUCUGAGAGAGAAAGAUUACCCUGUUGGACAGGACCAAAGUUCACUCGGCCUUUCUUUGAUGAAAUGGAGAAACGAUCUCAUAUGGGGAUGCAAUCUGCAAUCUCAGUUCUCUGUUGGAAGGAAUUCCAAGAUUGCUGUUAGGGCCGGAUUAAACAGCAAGAAAAGCGGGCAAAUCACAGUUAGGACAAGCACCUCAGAUCAACUAUUGAUUGCUAUUGUAGGACUUCUGCCAAUUGCUAGAGCAAUAAUGAUGACCCUUUUUCCUCAGACAAGUGGAAAGAACUUAAUAUAGUUGUUGUAUCUUAGACAAAUGCCAGUUACACCUCCAUAAUUUUUAAAUAUUGUUUUUAGUGGUAGUUUUCUUGUAUUUGUUCCAUUUGAUCUCCGAAGUUCUCAAUAGAAUUACUUCCUUUCAAAUCA